GAGGGUCUGGGAGCCUCGGGCAGCCGCGCCGGCAGGCAGGCAGGCAGGGAUCCGCUCCCCGCCAUCGCGUAGCAACGCGGCGCCGCAUCCCGCCCGCAUCCCGCAUCCCGCAUCCCUCGUCCCUCCCGCGCCCCGCGGCCAUGGCCGGGCGGCGCUGGGCCGGCCCGUGCGUGGCCCUGGCCGUGCUUUUGGCAGCCUGGAGCCUGCCCCGAGGAGGCAGCGCCGAGAGGCUCUUUCUCAACGAGUGGGCGGCGGAGAUCCCUGCCGGCCCCGACGCGGCCAGAGCCAUCGCGGAGGAGCUGGACUACGACCUCGUGGGGCAGAUUGGAUCGCUCAAAAACCACUACCUAUUCAGACACAAAAGCCAUCCCAGACGAUCCCGAAGAAGUGCCAUUCAUAUCACUAAGAGACUUUCUGAUGAUGAGCGGGUGUCAUGGGCAGAGCAGCAAUAUGAAAAGAAGCGAACUAAGCGUGCCACUGUGAGAGACUCUGCAGAAAGUCUUUUCAAUGAUCCUAUGUGGAAUCAGCAGUGGUAUCUGCAAGAUACAAGAAUAACUCCAUCCCUGCCCAAGCUGGAUCUUCAUGUUAUUCCUGUGUGGCAAAAAGGGAUUACAGGCAAGGGAGUUGUUAUCACAGUACUGGACGAUGGCUUGGAGUGGAAUCACACUGACAUCUAUGCCAACUAUGACCCAAAUGCAAGUUAUGAUUUCAAUGACAAUGAUCAUGAUCCCUUUCCUAGAUAUGACCCAACAAAUGAAAACAAGCAUGGGACACGGUGUGCAGGAGAAAUUGCCAUGCAAGCCAACAACAGAAAAUGUGGAGUUGGAGUAGCCUACAACUCCAGAGUUGGAGGUAUCCGAAUGCUGGAUGGAAUAGUCACUGAUGCUAUUGAAGCCAGUUCCAUUGGUUUCAACCCAGAACAUGUGGAUAUUUAUAGUGCAAGCUGGGGCCCCAACGAUGAUGGCAAAACUGUGGAGGGACCUGGGAGACUGGCACAGAAGGCUUUUGAGUAUGGGAUAAGCCAGGGCCGAAAUGGGAAAGGCUCCAUUUUCGUGUGGGCUUCAGGGAAUGGAGGUCGCCAGGGUGACAACUGUGACUGUGAUGGUUACACUGAUAGUAUCUACACAAUCUCCAUUAGCAGUGCUUCUCAGCAAGGGCUUUCUCCCUGGUAUGCAGAGAAGUGCUCUUCAACUCUGGCCACAGCAUACAGCAGUGGGGAUUAUACUGACCAAAGAAUUACAAGUGUUGAUCUUCACAAUGAAUGUACAGAAACUCACACUGGGACCUCUGCAUCUGCACCGCUGGCUGCAGGGAUUUUUGCUCUAGCUCUGGAAGCAAAUCCAGACCUAACGUGGAGGGAUAUGCAGCACUUGGUAGUGUGGACCUCAGAAUAUGAUCCACUGUCUGGAAACCCAGGAUGGAAAAAGAAUGGAGCGGGACUGAUGGUCAACAGUCGGUUUGGGUUUGGACUACUCAAUGCCAACGCAUUGGUAGAUUUAGCUGAUCCCAAAAGAUGGAAAGGUGUACCAGAAAAGAGAGAGUGUAUUGUCAGAGACCAGAGCUUUGAACCAAGAUUAUUAAGAGCAAACGAAGAAGUCAUCAUUGAAAUUCCCACAAAAGCCUGCGAGGGCCAGGAGAACUCCAUUUUAUCUCUGGAGCAUGUGCAGCUUGAGGCAACGAUCGAAUAUUCCCGUAGAGGUGAUCUUCAUGUCACACUGGUAUCUCCAUCAGGGACCAGCACUGUCUUACUGGCUGAGAGAGAGAGAGAUAAAUCUCCCAAUGGCUUCAAGAACUGGGACUUCAUGUCUGUUCAUACAUGGGGAGAAAACCCAACAGGAACCUGGGUUUUAAGAAUUACUGAUAUGUCCAGACGAAUACAAAAUGAAGGAAGGAUUGUAAAUUGGAAACUGAUUUUGCAUGGCACUGCUACCCAGCCUGAACACAUGAAGCAGCCACGUUUAUAUACAUCCUACAAUGCUGUGCAAAAUGACAGAAGAGGAGUGGAGAAGAUGACAGACUUUGUAGAGGAUCAUACCACACUGGAAAACCUGAGUGAAAAACCCAAAAUCACAGAAGAUGCCAGUAGCAGCAGUGACAAAGCAGAAGAUAAAAUCCCAUCACAGGCUAUGCUACAUUUACUGCAAAGUGCUUUUAGCAGACAGAUGAAUCAGAAGCAACUGCCAAAGAAGACUGCAAGUGAGAAGUUAAAUAUUCCAUAUGAACACUUCUAUCAAGCCCUCAAAAAAUUGAACAAGCCUUCCCAGUUGAGAGGCUCAGAAGAAAGUCUGUACAGUGACUACGUUGAUCUUUUUUACAAUGCCAAACCUUACAAGCAUAGAGAUGAUAGACUGCUGCAAGCCUUGGUUGAUAUCAUAAAUGAAGGAAACUAAACUGUAGGGUGUGGCACUGAGUUGGAAAUAUUCAUUUUCCCCACCUGUAGUUUUUUUUUCCAAAGUCUGUGUAUGCUCUACUUGUGAUUGCUGCUUUGAUUGCUUCAUAUUUAGUACCAAUAUCAAGGAAGGGAAAAAACAGGUGUGAGUGGAUAAGGCAGGAAACUGACACUUUUUAGUAAUAUCUUUUUUCAAAACCUUUUUUCAUUACCAUCAGAGUAGAAUUGCCCCCUCAGGCAUGAAAUGCAAUAUUAUUCCCCUGAAAACCCUAGUGCUCUAUUUUAAACAGUUUUCACAUUACUUAUUCUUCCACCCUCUUCACUUAAGCAUGCAGUAGGAUUCAAAACCUGAAUUACCAAGCAGUUUUGAACCAAACUGCCAAAGCUAUGGGGAUAUAUUCUUAUCUGUGGAUUUGUCGUGAAUAUUGCAGUCACCGUUAUAUUUGUCAUUUAUUCCUAUUUAAUACUUGCAGACAGUACUGCUUCUGUCAUAGGUGCUUUGUUCCUCCUCCAAGCAACAAUGCUCCCUUGCCCUUCUGUUCUCCUGUAAAGGAACAUCUGGGAGGCUGGAGUUGGACUGGGGCAUCAGUGAAGACUGAUGAAGUUAUUCACAAUUUUGACUACAGACAGACAGACAUACACUAAUAUAAAAGAGUCCCAAAUGAGGCAUCCCAGACCAUGGGAUGCCAUUUUCUCCACCUAACUUUUAAAUACCUAAGUGAAGUGCCUGAAUCAUGAGCCUAGAAUUUCUAGGCAGUGUGUAGUUAAUGAGGACAGUCUCCUAUAUAGAUAGCACUUGGCUUUCUUUACACCUGUUAUGAAUUACCUGAUGGAGUACUGAUAUAGUUGUGUCAAUUAUAUGAGUUUUGGGGACCAACCUUCUACCUGUGGGUCAUCAGUUAGGUUUCUGAAGUAACAUAACUGCCUUCUGACAUGGCUACACCUUGCAGUAUUCAGAACAGCAAAGCUGGGAUCGCUUUGUCCUUUCCUUGAACUGUGACCAAGGUGGAUCAGAAAGGGUAUCUGUAGUAGGUUGUAACACUUCACAAAAAUCUAAGAAGUCAAGGCAAAAUGGAUGGGGAGAGGUGUGAGACUAAAAAAAAUACCCUGUGAAGGGUGUGCAUGGAAUGUGGAGUGGGAGGGAGAGGAAUAGAAAGAUGGAGAAAGUGGAAGAGGAUAAGGCAGGUGGUUGUCAGAAAGCAAUUAGGGUGACUAACUCCCUAACUUUACCAGACAAGCAGUUUUCCACAGAUACUUCUUUAAAGACAGAGUCAAGAGUGACAUAUUAUUUUUCUUUUCAUAAUUGAAAAAAAAGAAAAAAAAAAAGAAAGCCAUGUUGGAUGCUCAGAAAUUGUAGGGGAUCUAGAACAAGGAAAUGAAGAUUUCCAGGGGAUAGUUAUCUCAUUGCAGUGCUAAAGAAAAUCCAAAAAAGUGCUGACUGCUUUUUACUUUUCUUCCUCUCUCGUCUGCUGUUUAAGUGUGUUCUACAGACUCCCUACAAUUAUUUGAUUCUUCUUCACUGUCUAUUCCCUAAAAUUAUGUGUCUCCAAGACAGGAAUUUAACAUUUUGCUCGUAAUUGAGUUUGGAUGGAGAUUUUUCAAACUUCAGAAUAAAUUCUGUAAUUUAAAGGUAAAUCCCUGCAGUGGUCCAAAUCAGAAAGGUUUCUUUUGCUGCCCUUUAUGCAAAAGCUUUCUGGCAAUGCAUAAAUAAUGAACAAGCAAAACAAGAAAAUUUCUAAUUGCUGCUAUUACAGAGGGAGAGCACUUAUUUUCACUAAUUUUUAAUUUUCAGAAUAUAACGAUGUGGUGAGGUAAGGACAACUUUUAGUCUUGUGCCAUGGAGCUCAGAGGCUGGUUCUCUCAGAUAACAACUAAUUUAGCCAAUCCUCAUUCAGGUAUGUUACAGUGAGGAAAGUACUAGCAACAGUCCAUCAGUCCUGAAAGACAUUUUCGGGUUAAAAGGGUGGGAAACAAAAGACGCUCCUUUGUUUUAAGAUCAGUUCCUAUGCUGUAGCCAGAGUUUCACCAGAAGACAAGUUUAAAUCUCUGUUGAAUGUUUCCAACCCAGAUCAGCUUGUACAGGAGUAAAUUAAUUUUAUUGUUAGUCUUUCCUUGGUGCCUCUGUGGGUUUUGUGAAAAAUGUGAAAGUAAAAAAAAAGUUUUCUCUCAGAAUUUUAAAUUAUAUUUUCGUUACAGGUAUUUAUAAUAUAGUAAAGAUUUUAUUGAACAGACAGAAUUUUAAAAGGCAUAAUAAAUUAUAUUGAAGAACCAGAUUUUUUCUUGGGAAAGAGACAAUUUCAUCCAAUAAAGGUAUUUUUUAAAAGGCAUGUUACAACAGCAACUGCAACAUGUAUGUGAUGUGAUGUUAAAAUUUGUCUACUAGUAGCAUAAUACAGUGUGUUAGCAGA